CUCAUAACAAAAAUGGUGUUUGCUCACCGUUAUAUCCUACCUGAUCACGGAUCAGGCCACGGCUAUAAAUACAGAGACACAUGCCUGGCUAGCCCAUUCAUCUAUCCUCAGCCAAUUAAGUUACAACCGAAACAAGAGCACUACUUCUCCCAGAAGAAUUAUUCGAUCUCUUCACCCGUUGUUGCUGUCGAUCUCGAUCCCCUCGGAGCCUGCACACACGAAGAGGAACCAGACAAAAAUACCUGCAGAAAUGGGUUCCAUGGGAGCUUCCGCAGCCGAGACCGGCGAGAAGGCGCCGCACGCGGUGUGCGUGCCGUACCCGGCGCAGGGCCACAUAACCCCGAUGCUGAACGUGGCCAAGCUGCUCCACGCCAGGGGCUUCGAGGUCACCUUCGUCAACAGCGAGUACAACCACGCGCGCCUCCUCCGCUCCCGUGGCGCCGCCGCCGUGGCCGGCGUCGACGGCUUCCGCUUCGCCACCAUCCCCGACGGCCUGCCUCCGUCUGACGACGACGACGUCACCCAGGACAUCCCCUCGCUCUGCAAGUCCACCACGGAGACCUGCCUGCCGCCCUUCCGCCGCCUCCUAGCCGACCUCAACGAUGACACCGCGGGGCGCCCGCCGGUCACCUGCGUCAUCUCUGACGUCGUCAUGGGGUUCUCCAUGGCCGCCGCCAAGGAGCUCGGAAUCGCCUACGUCCAGCUCUGGACCGCCAGCGCCAUAAGUUAUCUCGGGUACCGCCAUUACCGCCUCCUCAUCAACCGUGGCCUCACCCCACUCAAAGAUGCAGAGCAGCUGACGAACGGGUACCUGGACACGCCGGUGGAAGACGUGCCGGGCUUGAGGAACAUGAGGCUCCGGGACUUCCCGACAUUCAUGCGCACAACGGACCCGGACGAGUACCUGGUGCACUACGUGCUGAGGGAGACGGAGCGCACGGCCGGCGCAGCCGCCGUGAUCCUCAACAGCUUCGGCGACCUGGAGGGCGAGGCCGUGGAAGCCAUGGAGGCGCUGGGCCUGCCGAAGGUCUACACGCUCGGCCCACUCCCGCUUUUAGCCCACGAGGACCAGCUACUGCGGCCCACCCCGAGCUCCGGCAUCAGCCUCAGCCUGUGGAAAGAGCAGGAGGAGUGCCUGCCGUGGCUGGACAGCAAGGAGCCCGGCUCCGUGGUGUACGUCAACUUCGGCAGCAUCACGGUCAUGACGGCCGCGCAGAUGGUGGAGUUCGCGUGGGGUUUAGCGCACAGCGGCAAGCAGUUCUUGUGGAUCGUGCGCCGGGACCUCGUAAAGGGCGACGCGGCCGUGCUGCCCGAGGAAUUCUUAGCCGAGACUGCCGGGCGAGGGCUCAUGGCGUCAUGGUGCCCGCAGCAGCAGGUGCUCGAUCACCCGGCAGUCGGCGCCUUUUUGACGCACUCCGGGUGGAACUCGACGCUCGAGAGCAUGUGCGGCGGCGUGCCGGUCAUCAGCUGGCCCUUCUUCGCCGACCAGCAGACCAACUGCAGGUACCAGUGCAACGAGUGGGGCGUCGGCAUGGAGAUCGACAGCAACGUGCAGAGGGAUGCCGUCGCCGGGCUUAUCACGGAGAUCGUGGAUGGGGAGAAGGGGGAGGAGAUGAGGAAGAGGGCUGGGGAGUGGAAGGAGAAGGCUGUCAGGGCGGCCUUGCCCGGCGGCUCGGCUCACCGCAACUUGGAAGGACUGGUUCGUGACGUGCUGCUGGCCAAGAAUUAAUUAGCUUGAUCUUUUCUUUCCAUGUUUGUGUUGUUUGAGAGUGAUGGGUCCUGAGUGAUCAGUGUGGGGGUUGACUUGAGCAAUGGACUGAUACUGUACGGCACUCCUUGCUUGCGCAAAUCUGGCACUGACUUUACGCUUU